GCUCACAAGUCUGUGACCUUCGUGUCCACCCUGCUGCAGAUCACCAUGUCUGAGCAACUGGAUCUACCUGUGCGACAAGCAGGUGUUAUUUAUUUAAAAAAUAUGAUCACUCAGUAUUGGCCGGACCGGGAGGUGGUCCCUGGCGAAGUCCCCACACACACGAUCCCUGAGGAGGACCGCCACUUUAUCCGGGAGAAUAUUGUAGAAGCCAUCAUCCAAUCUCCAGAGCUGAUACGAGUCCAGCUGACCACGUGUAUCCAUCACAUCAUCAAACACGAUUACCCGACUCGCUGGACGGCCGUCGUGGAGAAGAUCGGCUUUUAUCUGCAGUCUGAUAACAGUGCCUGUUGGCUGGGCAUCCUGCUCUGUCUGUACCAGUUGGUGAAGAACUAUGAGUACAAGAAGCCAGAAGAAAGGACCCCACUGAUAGCCGCUAUGCAGCACUUCCUGCCCAUGCUGAAGGAGCGAUUCAUCCGCCUGCUUCCCGACCCCUCCGAACAGUCCGUUCUCAUUCAGAAACAGAUCUUUAAGAUCUUCUACGCCCUCGUCCAGUACACGUUACCCCUGGAGCUCAUCAAUCAGCCCAACCUGGCCGAGUGGAUUGAGAUAUUGAAGACCGUGGUGGACCGGGACGUUCCUGCAGAGACCCUCCAGGUGGAAGAGGAUGACCGACCGGAGCUGCCCUGGUGGAAGUGUAAAAAGUGGGCUCUGCACAUAAUGGCCCGGCUGUUUGAGAGGUACGGAAGUCCUGGAAAUGUCUCCAAAGAAUAUAAUGAAUUUGCGGAAGUUUUCUUGAAGGCCUUUGCAGUUGGUGUUCAACAGGUCUUGCUGAAAGUCCUGUACAACUAUAAGGAGAAGCAGUACCUGGCUCCCCGAGUCUUGCAGCAAACGCUCAACUAUCUCAACCAAGGAGUGUCCCAUGCCAUGACCUGGAAGAACUUGAAGCCGCACAUCCAGGGCAUCAUUCAGGACGUUAUCUUCCCUCUGAUGUGUUACACCGACUCUGACGAGGAGCUGUGGCAGGAGGACCCCUACGAGUACAUCCGCAUGAAGUUUGAUGUGUUUGAAGAUUUUAUCUCCCCCACCACCGCAGCACAAACGUUGCUUUUCACGUCUUGCAGUAAAAGGAAAGAGGUGUUGCAGAAAACGAUGGGAUUUUGUUACCAGAUUUUAACAGAGCCGGCUGCAGAUCCCCGCAAGAAAGAUGGCGCCCUCCACAUGAUCGGGUCCCUAGCAGAGAUUUUACUGAAGAAAAAGAUCUACAAAGACCAGAUGGAGUUCAUGCUGCAGAAUCACGUCUUUCCACUCUUCAGCAGUGAGCUGGGUUACAUGCGAGCCCGGGCCUGCUGGGUGCUUCACUACUUCUGCGAAGUGAAGUUCAAGAUUGAUCAGAACCUGCAGACGGCCCUGGAGCUGACCCGGCGGUGUCUCGUAGAUGAUCGGGAGAUGCCCGUGAAAGUAGAAGCCGCCAUCGCACUUCAAGUUCUCAUCAGUAACCAGGAAAAAGCCAAGGAGUACAUAGCGCCCUUCAUCCGGCCGGUCAUGCAGGCUUUGCUUCAUAUUAUCAGGGAGACGGAAAAUGACGACCUCACCAAUGUGAUUCAGAAAAUGAUCUGUGAAUAUAGCGAGGAAGUCACGCCCAUCGCGGUGGAAAUGACGCAGCAUUUAGCUAUGACGUUUAAUCAAGUAAUUCAGACGGGUUCGGAUGAGGAGGGCAGCGAUGACAAAGCUGUGACUGCAAUGGGAAUCCUCAAUACUAUAGAUACGUUACUCAGUGUGGUAGAGGAUCAUAAAGAGAUCACUCAGCAGCUGGAAGGAAUCUGCCUGCAGGUCAUCGGAACCGUCCUACAGCAACACGUUCUGGAGUUUUAUGAAGAAAUCUUCUCUCUGGCGCACAGUCUCACCUGCCAGCAAGUUUCGGCUCAGAUGUGGCAGCUCCUCUCUCUGGUGUUCGAUGUUUUCCAGCAAGAUGGCUUUGAUUACUUCACAGACAUGAUGCCCCUCCUGCACAAUUAUGUCACGGUGGAUACGGACACCCUUCUGUCUGACACUAAGUAUCUGGAGAUGAUCUACAGUAUGUGUAAAAAGGUUCUUACUGGAGUGGCGGGGGAGGAUGCUGAAUGUCACGCGGCUAAACUUCUAGAAGUUGUCAUCUUGCAGUGUAAAGGACGUGGAAUUGACCAGGUCAUACCGUUAUUUGUGGAGGCAUCUCUGGAGAGGUUGACUCGGGAGGUGAAGACCAGCGAACUUAGGACGAUGUGCCUGCAGGUCGCCAUCGCUGCGUUAUACUACAGUCCUCCGCUGCUGCUCAACACCCUGGAGAACCUUCGUUUCCCCAACACAGUGGAGCCGGUCACCAGUCAUUUCAUUAAACAGUGGCUGAAUGACGUUGACUGCUUCCUAGGAUUACACGAUCGGAAAAUCUGCGUCCUCGGUCUGUGCGCCCUGAUAGAACUCGAUCAGAGGCCGCAGAUUCUGGGAGAUGUCUCCACGCAGAUCCUGCCCGCCUUCAUCCUCUUAUUCAACGGUCUGAAGAGAGCAUACGCCUGCCAUGCAGAGCAAGAGAACGACAGCGAUGAUGACGAGGAUGGAGAGGACGACGAUGAAGUCGAGCUGGGCAGUGAUGAAGAUGACAUCGACGAGGAGGGACAGGAAUAUCUGGAAAUGUUGGCGAAACAAGCCGGAGAGGGCGGCGAUGAUGAAGAUUGGGAGGAAGACGAUGCGGAGGAAACGGCGUUGGAAGGUUAUACGACUAUUAUUGAUGACGAGGAUAACCCCGUAGAUGAAUAUCAAAUAUUUAAAGCUAUAUUUCAACAGCUGCAAGGACACGACCCCAGUUGGUAUCAAACUCUUACUCAAGGACUCAGCGAAGAGCAAGGAAAACAGUUACAGGACAUUGUAACGCUGGCAGAUCAGAGGCGAGCAGCUCACGAAUCCAAAAUGAUUGAGAAACACGGAGGCUACAAAUUCAACGCUCCAGUGGUGCCAAGUUCUUUCAAUUUCGGCGGUCCGGGCAUGAAUUGAGCUUGUUCGCUUUUUUCUCUUCCUGCUAACGUGUGACUGAUUGUAGUGAAGAAGCUUGUGUUCCUCCCAGUAGCGGUUCCAGAACCGGUUCACGCUCUCCGCCGUCUCCCAAUCCUGAACUUUUUUUUGACAUCCAUUGGACAUUUGGAAAUCAUAUUUUGGGAGAGCGUGUCAUGAGAUACCCGGCCCUGGGACGGCCAACAGAGGGGGGUUUCUGACUUUUUAUUAUUAUUUUUUUUUCCCUCCUUCCACUUACAACAAAAAAAUAAAAAUAGGAGCUCAAUUUCCAGAACGCGCUGAGAAGAUCGGAAAACCCGAGGCGGGGGUGUGACGUCAUCGAGGCAGCUUUGUAUUCGUUAAAAGUUUUUUCUGUUCCACUUUUGGGUGGGGAAUAAAAAAAUAAGACCACAUUCAGAGGGGGCAAGUAGGGGGGAUUAUUUAAAUAAUUCAGCACUCACGAGGGCCAAUUUCCAUUUUACGUCACCAGUUUUAGUGUAAUAGCUUCUAACACAUUUCUUUUUUUGCCUCAGAUUGCUGUUCGGUCUUUUAUUGUAAACAUAAAAAAAAACUCAAUGGAGGCAAAUGAAUUGUAGCCUUAGAUUAGGCUCCUCCCAUUAUCCGGAUAGACUUGACUGUUCCUGAUUGUAGAAUGUUUGAACACUUGUAGCACUACACAAGCGGCUCACCGAUGUACAUGACAGCACUUUUAUAUGGAGAGUUAAUCCUGCUCACCCUGUGUACAAAAAAAAAAAAAAAAAUUGCCCAUGUAUCUGCUGUUUAUACAUUAUACAAAAAAAAAAAUAAGGGAUUGCAUUUAGCGACGGCUUCAAGUUAAAAGUGGUUGAACUUGACGGUCUUUUUUUUUGUAUCCGGUGACUUUUGUCGGCGGGGGAAGAAGUCACUUCCUGGUCGUGACUUGAAUCUGGAUAUAUAAAGAAAAAAAAAUAAUAACAUGAAAAAUAUUGAGGUUGAGUUAAUAAUUCAUUGCUGCUACAAUUGGCAACACGCUCUGUGUCCUUUUUUUUUUGGGGGGGGGGUUAUAUUUUAUGAAUUCUCUAAAUGUACGAGUUCAAUUUUUGGAUAGAAAUCCAAUCCUGUAAGCGCGGAGAUGAAAAAAAAAAUCCUGUUUUAUCUGCUGACGCAUGUACGAAAACAAAGGAGACGAAGGUGUAACUCUUUAACGGGGUGAAGUUUUGUGGAUGAAACAUCUAUACAUGCAAUCUAUUAAAGAGAGAGAGAGAGAGGGGGAAAAAAGGUGAAUUCGGCUAAUUUGCUGACUCAGACUAGUUUUCUUGGCUUUUUGGAAAUUCCCAGCUGACGACAAAAAAUAAAAAAAUUAAUAAUAUAUGAAUGCAUGAAUUGGCAAAUAAAACACAUUCCUUUCUA